AUGAUCUAUCGGCCACCGGAGAUGGUUGACUUCUUCGCGGAGUUUCCGAUCUCAGAAAAGGUCGACGUGUGGAUGAUCGGCUGCAUCCUGUACACCUUGAUGUUUUACAGGCAUCCGUUCCAAGACGAGUCGCCCCUGGCCAUUGCCAAUGCUCGCUAUCCCUGGCCGUCUACACCGGAGCAUUCCGAGAAGCUGCGGGAUCUUACACACUGGCUCCUGGCGAGGGAUCCCUCCCAUCGCCCGGACGCCGCAUCGCUUCUGUCGCUGCUGGUCUGCUUCGAUGAGGCAGAGGUAACUCCGCCCAAAGCCGUCCUCGAGAAGUCGGAGAAGUUUCGCCGGCUCUAUGAGCCCGGCAAGUCCUGCCGAGAGCCGCGAGAGCCGCAGUCGCCCAGUGCUGGAAGCGAUGCCCUGGCCGGCGACAGUGAACGGAAGAGGUCUAAACCGCACAAGCACCGGCAGACCUCCAAGAAGAAGGCACAGGCAGAAACACUGCCCGAUGAGGGCUGGCCAGCUGCGGUGUCUCCCGAGCUUCAGUGGGCCAACUUUGAUGGCUUCCACCAGGAGCCUUCGUCGGCGGGUUCAGCAUCGCCCAGUCGCUCGGAAGCGCCGGGGCGCGGUGCCUGGGCCCACUUCGAGGAGGAACGGACACGGCCCAUGGAGGUUGCACCGGAUCCUGUGAGUGCAUCAAUUCCACCGGAUCCCUGGUCAGCAUGGAGCAGCCCAACGCACGAGCCCUCCACUGGCUCCCAGUCGCCGGUCAAGGCUCCAAACGUCGUUGUCAAGCCACCGGACUGGGCAGGAAGAGGUAGUGUUGCCUCGGAACGCACAGAUGCUAGGUGGCCCCUCGACUCAAUCGAGGUGUCCGCCUGGCCGGAGAUGCCGGAGCAGGAGAUCUGCGGUCCUUAUUGGUGUCACGCUGUUUCAAAGAUGCCGCAGCGGCAGCAUCACCCCAUCGUCUUCGGAAAGCGCACCGCAUCCAGCUUCGCUCACUUUGUGGCCGGUUACGUCUGCGCAGGUUACCAUGUCGACAUGGUGUCUACGAAUGCCGCCUUCUUGCUGUGGCUUGCAGGCCUUGUCUAUGCCCUCGUGACCCCCUGGACGGUUGCUGAACACGCAGAUAAAGCUUGGAUUCUCAUGCUGAGCGCCUUCUGUAACUUCUUCGCGGUGGCCACCACGCGGUUCAACGACUCGGGCUUCACUAGUGGAUUGGCAUUCUGGCUUCCACCCUUCUUUUUCUGUAACUUCCUGCUGCUCCUCGUGGGUGCGCUGCCCACCAUGUUGCUAGAAGGAUGCCUCUGUGGGUAUUUCGUGGCAUCAAGCCAGACCGCUCCGGUAACGAUGGGCGUCUGUUGCCUGCUGGCCCUGGCGGCCGUCUUCUUCUACGAUGUCUGGGCCUGGAUGCCCAAGCUGGGCCAUCUGGGCGGUGCCGGGAGCUCGGAAGGCUUCGACAGCUCUUACCAGCGGGCCGGCUUGCUUCCGACUGCUUUUGCAGUACCCUUCGUGUUGUCGGCAUCCAGCACGCCACUGCUGAACGCACUAGGCCUGCCCAUCGUGCAGACUGCAGGCAUGCUAAUGGUGAUGGCGAUUUUAGUCUGCCUUGCAAUUCUGUGCCUCGUCACGAGGCCAUCAACCAGGCAAAACCUCUGGAAUUUUGUCUCCUAG